AUGGGGCGGCCCGGGGCCUGCGGCCUCCUGUUGCUCGCCGCCUUUCUGGGGCUCUGCGGGCCGCGCGGGGGGCUCGGAGCAUCUUUUUAUGGGGAAAGCUACGUGGGGCUCAGCACCACCGAGGUUUCCCCUGAGCUGUCGCUUCAGUUAAGAUUUCAAACCAGCAAGCCACAAGGCUUACUCUUCCUUGCAGCCGGGAAAACCGACCAUUGCCUGAUAGAACUUCUGUCAGGAAUAUUACAGGUGAAAAUAAACAUGGGUACGGGGGAACAGCUCCUCCUUUCUGAGCAAAAACUUCGUGUGGACGAUUUGGUUUGGCAUUCGUUGGAGCUGCGCUAUGGCAAGGAUGCUGUUCUCUUGGUCAUUGACAAGCACUACAAGACAACCGUCCAGCUGGCGGGUGGGAUGCGUAACUUCACCUUUCACCAUGGAAUCUAUAUAGGAGGUCGUGGGGGGCUCAGUGUCCCUUACCUGGACAGGAAGACCCCCAACUUCCGGGGAUGCAUGGAGGAUGUGGUGUUUAACCAGAGGGAGAUCCUUACGUCCCUUAGGUCAUACCCUGGCUUUAAGAAGGUUUCUGAGGUAUCGCUGGGGUGUAGCGAUGAGUUUUUUGCUGGGAAGGAUGAAGCUAUUAGCUUUUUCAGCUCUAGGUCCUAUGUUACCUUUCCAGAAUGGAAGGUACACGGGGAAGGGUUCCUGAGAUUUGCUCUGCAAACUAGGACCCUGCAGGCUUUGCUUUUAUUUCAGUCGGGCAGAGGAAGAGAUUUUGUUGCCUUGGAAAUCCAUGAGGGUCUACUGAAGGCUCACAUAGGAAGGGGUGGAACAAAAACUCAACUCUCUUCAUUCAGCUUGGUUAGUGACAACAAGUGGCACAUUGUUCAGCUUAGAGUCACAGGGAGGCACGUGAACAUCAUGGUGGAUGAACACAGGGAAAGGGCGGGGCUGCCUCUGCAAAGCCAAGCAUUUGUAUCGGAAGGACCCCUGUUCGUGGGUGGCCUGGAUGACCGGAUGUGGGAAACUGUGCGCGGCUUAGAAGUUGUGUCUAUGCCUGGGAAAUCUGUUCGAGGCAUGUCUCUGAAAGGAUGCCUGCGAGCCUUAGAAGCCAAUUUGGAAAAGAGAGCAUUACGGGAUGCUCUUGUCUCCAGAGACAUUUCGGCUGGGUGCACAAGCGAGGGUCUCCGUGGUACAGAUCCUUCUGUGGCAGGGGAAGACCUGUUUCCACCAGAGCCAUCCCCUCCCAUGACCAUUCCCAGUUCUCCUCUGAAAAAUCAAAGUGGCAGCUUUUUGGUUUUGAAUAAGUUAGAAGUCCAAGAAGGUGGACGAGCCUUACUGGGACAAAGGCAUAUAGAAGUAGAUGUGGACUUCAUGGAUCUGGGUAUCAAUUCUUCUCAGAUACUGUUUAAGAUACAGGAAAUGCCAGGUCACGGGUUCCUUCAGAUAGAUGCUUGGCCUGCACAGGAAAUGGAGAGGACUUUUACUCUGUCAGAUUUGAGGGGUGGGAAAGUGUGGUAUGUCCACGAUGGUUCAGAAGAGCCCACAGAUUCUUUUACGUUUUGGGCUUUUUCUAGUAGCAAGCAGGCACUGCCGUCCCAGCUGCAGGCUCCUGUUCCACAUGUGUUUAACAUUACUGUCCUUCCAGUGAAUGACCCCCCAUACCUUAAGCUCCCAGAAGGACACCUGCUUCUCUUUGAGAACACCAAGCAACGACUAACGCCCAGUGUGAUACAGGUGUUAGAUCCCGACACAGAUUCUUGGCGUCUCAGGUUUUCGGUUCUUAACAACUUCAAUUCAGAGGCUGGGUUUUUAGAAAAUGCCAGGGAGCCCGGGAGAGCCAUCACUGGUUUUACAGACACGGAUUUACAAGAUGGCAACAUUUUCUAUGUGCACAGGGGUCCUCGAAACUCUCGGGUUGUUCUAAGGGCAACUGAUGGUGAGCUGGUUAGCAAUACUGUGGUGUUGCGGGUCAUGGCUGUCCCUUGGGACUUUGAAGUGGCUGACAGGACUGGCGUGGUGGUACCACAAGGUGGUACCAUUCUUAUCACUCAGAGCAACUUGUCCGUGAAGGUGAAUGGCGGACAACAUGAGCUGGACACUCUCUAUGACAUCACACAUCCACCUCGGUUUGGCCAAAUUCAGCACCGGGGAUUCAACGGAGAGUGGAAACCAGUUAGGACCUUUUCUCAACGUUCCGUUGACCAGGGUCAGAUCCGAUACUAUAGUUCAUUCAAGGGAUUGCAUCAAGAAAAUGUGACGGAUCACUUUAAGUUUAAAGUUAACAUCGAGGGAAGAGUAGGCAGAGAGCUCCUGUUCCCUGUGACUGUGCAGUGGCUGAAGUUGACACUUCUGAAAAAUAUCCCUCUAGAGAUUAGCAACGCAAACAAGAAAGUAUUGGAUUCUGGUCAUCUGCAGGCUGCAGCAGGGAGUGUGGCAGUACCUGAGAGGGAACUCUAUUUCAAGCUACUGAUUCCGCCUAAGAAAGGAAAACUGCUACUUGGCAAUAAAGUUCUUAAAUCCGGUUCAAUGUUCAGUCAAAAAAACAUUACAGACUCUAAGGUAAGCUAUGAACCUCAGGGGAUGCCCGGGCAAGACUCACAGGAUUCUUUUAGUUUCUCAAUUGUUGUAAAACACGUAGAAUCUAAAGAUCAUACCUUUAGGAUAGACCUUAAAGCAGAUAAGACACACAUCACUAUAACAAACACUGGACUGUAUGUUAAAGAGGGAGAAAGGACAAUAAUUACAAAAUCAGAAUUAUUUGCUCAAACACUGGACCAUCAUGUCUUCCAAUAUAAACUCACCAAGAGUCCUCAGCAUGGGGAACUGAAACUGGUCAGCUCGUCUGCUUCUCUGGGAAGUGACAAUGGGGCCACUGAAUUCACAGAUGAAGACAUAGUGAGUGGGAGGCUGGUCUAUGUUCAUGAUGACUCUGAGACCCGGGAGGAUGGACUCAUCCUUCUGGCCUCUGCCACAGGUCUGGGCCAACAGGGAGGGGUCAGAAGUCUUGACUCUGAGCACACGUCUACAGAGAUCAAAGUCAGCGUUUCUGUUGAGUUGAAGAAUGACGAGAAGCCAGUGCGUGUGGUAGAUAAGAUCUUUCACGUUGUGCGGGACAGCCAGCGCUUACUGACGCUAGCAGAUCUCUGUUACCAUGACCCCGACAUAGAUUUUGAUGAUGGCCAGUUGCUCUACACUCGGCAUGGCAUACCCAAUGGAGAUUUGGUGAAAGCUGCUGACCCAGUUCGGAAGCUCUACCAGUUCAGACAAGAGGGCCUACGGGAAGGGCGUGUGCUCUUCAGGCACCAUGGUCCAGACUCCGCUCGGUUCCUGAUUUUUGUGACAGAUGGUGUCCAUUACACGUCAUCCCUUUUCGAGGUCAGUGUGUCAGAGGCCUAUGUCCGCAUAGUCAACAACACGGGGCUGCUUGUGCACAGAGGGAGGGACAGCUUUCUAACAACAGCCAACCUGAGCGUCACCACAAACCAAGAUGUCAGAACAGACCAUGAGUUUGAAUUCCACAUCGUGCAACCCCCAAAACAUGGCAGACUCCUGGUCAACAAUUCUACCUUUCACUCAUUUUCCCAGCACGACCUAAAGCAGGGAUGUGUGAUUUAUAGGUAUGAGGGGGAUGGCAACCUCGAUAUCUUUAACCUGACAGUGAAAGUUAAAGAUGCCUACCUAGAUGUGAGCAUCAGGGUCCAAGUGUCCUUGGAAGGUCGCCAACAUUCCACUCCAAUUCUGCACAGUAGGAGCCUUAUAGUUGAAGAAGGAAAACCAGUAAAACUGAGCAGAGGAAAGCUCCAGGCUGGGAAUGAAGAAGAUAUUCCUUCAGAGGCAGUGUUCACAGUCAGAACUCCACCCGUAUACGGAUACCUCCAAAUAUCCACAGCAGAAGACGGCAUUGCGGGUGCAGAUGUGACGCCCACUCUGAGCUUCACCCAGCAGGAUGUUGAUGAAGGCCAUGUCCUCUAUGUCCAGACAGCCCCUGGCCAGCAAAAGGACCAGUUCACCCUCGAUGUGACAAAGGACUCCCGGGUUGUAAGGAGAGUGGAGGUGCUCUUGGAGCUCAUCCCCAAGUGGAUCCCUCUCAAGGUGCAGAAUCUCACAGUUCAAGAAGGGGGCUCCAAGGUACUUCUGCAGGAUCAGCUCCAAAUUGCAAGCAAGUAUUUGGAGAGUCUUGACUGUGAAUUUGUUCUCCUCGAACCGCCAAAGCACGGUUAUGUUGAAAGCUCCAAGUUUCCAAGAGUGAAGCUAAUGAAAUUUUCCAGGAGAGAGGUGGAGCAGGAGUUGAUUUACUACGUUCACGAUGGCAGUGAGGAGUUUCUCGACAGCCUCACCAUCUUGGCGAACAGCUCUGAGCUCGGGAAGCAGAGUCUGCCUCAGACUCUGUUUGUAACUGUUGAGUCUGUGAACGAUGAGGCUCCAGUAGUAACAGCCAAUAACAUCCUCCAGGUGUGGGUGAAUUCUGUCACUGAGGUGACCAGAGGGGACCUGUGUGCAGAAGAUGGGGACUCUUCCCCACAGGACUUGGUCUACUGGGUCACUCCUCCCAGCAACGGGCAUCUGGCUCUCAAGUCCACUCCUGGCAGAAGGAUCCAGAACUUCACUCAGGCUCAGAUUGAUGAGGGUCAGCUGGUGUUUGUGCACUCUGGAGCAAUGUCAGGUGGCUUUAAUUUCCAGGUGACUGACGGUCUGAAUUUUGCGCCUCGGCAAAUCUUUAGCAUCACUGCCCGAGCUCUGAUCAUUAGCUUAGAAGUCAACAGAGGAUUGAGCAUCUUCCCAGGUUCCACAAAGCCACUUUCAUCUCAUGACCUGAGAGCCGUGACCAAUGAUGACAAGGCAGGAAACAGAACUGUAACAUUUACAGUUGUCAGGUCCCCUAGGCUCGGGAGACUGCUGAAGAUGAACCCGGAUAACCGCACAGAGGACGUUUCCAUUUUUACCCAAUGUCUGGUGAGUGAAGGGCUGAUACUCUACCAGCAUGUGGAUCUUGAGAGCACGGGGUGGGCCUCAGAAGACUCUUUCACAUUCACAGCAUCUUCCCCUCCAGUGGAGCUGGGCCCCGAGGCUUUUCAGAUCACCAUUUCAUAUGAAGUGAACGAGUCAGGUCGACAGAGCCGGCUGCGUGCAAAUACAGGAGCCUCUGUCAAGGAAGGAGAUAAAGUUCUCAUUGACCAAUCAAAAUUAGAUGCCUCCAACCUCUUACUUCAGCUACCCCAACCUCAGCGUUCUUCCCAUGAGAUCUGGUUCCAGGUUACGGCUCUUCCUCACCAUGGAACCAUUAUGGUUGGAGAGAGAAACAUUACCACGGGAAGACCCUACUUCUCCCAGCACACAGUUAAUGUAUUUGGAGCCACGUAUCUUCAUGAUGACUCUGAAUCACUGGCUGAUAAUUUUACCUUUGCUGUUUGGCCAAACCCAAAGAACCAGUCCACCAGCAAGCCAGAGGCUGGCUUUCUGGAAGAGAUGUUCAACAUCACCAUCACCCCUGUGAAUGAUCAGCCUCCAGAAUUAAAGACCAAAGGGCUGCGGCUGACAGUUCUGCAGGGCGAUAGGUUGGUUAUGGGACCUGAAAUCCUCAAUGUAGAAGAUAUAGAUAGUCCUCCAAGUGAAAUCCAAUAUGAGAUCAUCCGUCAUCCCAACAAUGGCUUCUUAGCCAUGGCUCACGAUCCAGAUGCCCCUGCUCACCAUUUUACACAGGCGGACAUCAAUAACGCUCGGGUGUGGUUCAUACAGGAUAGAAGCCCAUCCUCUGGAGUGUUUUAUUUUAGUGUGACCGACGGCAAACACCGCCCUCUCUACAAGCUCUUCCACCUGGAUGUCACCCCCAUUUCCAUCACUCUUGUGAACCUCACAGACCUGCUUCUCCCACAAGGCCAGAACACUGUCCCCAUCACCAACACUCACCUUUCAGCAGUGACCAAUGGUAGGAGCCUCCAGAUCAUCUACAGAGUGACACAGCCCCUCCAAAGCGGCCACUUGCUGAUUGAAAACCAGGUGGUCAACAGCUUUGGGCAGGAGGAUUUGGACUCUGGAAGACUCUCUUACCACAUGACCAAUCUCACAGCCUCCGGAGAUCAGCUGAGGUUCUCACUGCUUACAACAGAGUGCAACUUGACGGAGCAGACCCUGAACAUCAGGGUGCAGCCUUUGUUGUGGGUUAUAGCAAACCUGAAAGUGACCAACAGAGUGGCUCACCAGCUUAGGACAGAGGAUCUAGAUGCAACCGAGCUUGCUAACAGGACUAAUAGUGAUCCCAUGUUUGAAGUGAUACAACCCCUAGUCCAUGGACGACUUGUUCGAAGAGCAGUAGACAGCCCUGUGAUGGAAGAGGUCACUCAGUUCACCCAGACAGACAUCAACCAAGGGCAGCUGGUGCUUGAGCCACAGGCUAAUCUAACAGGCACCCGCACACUGAAUGACUCCUUCACCUUCUUGCUCAGCGCAGACCAUGUGCAGCCAGCAACAGGUUAUCUAGCCUUUACCAUAGUGCCACCAGACCCCUUACCUUUACAGACAUUUACACCAGAUGUGCCUUUAUUUGUCACCGGAGAGACCCUCGUGGCCUCUGUUUUCUCUCAGAAAAAACUUAGGGCUUCUAUUAAAAAACAGACAGAAAUUCCAGGGAAUCUGACCCAGGGCAGAUGGCAGGGGACAGAUUCCUGGGGUCAACUCAGUAGCAAAGAGCCAAAUAUAGAUGCCAAGGUCUCUCCCACCAGGGUCAUUUGGCCAUAUGCUGCCACCAAAGUGGGGGAGUCUCUUUCUGGGGGAGCCAUGCAGCCGGAAAUGAGCCGUCACCCUCUGGUGGUCAUCAUACCUUUGGCUGCUGUGUUCCUCCUCCUGCUGGUGACUGUGGUGGUCCUGUGUGUUUGGCUACUGAGCCGAAAGGAGGACAAACCCAAAUCACUUAUCCAGCCAAAGACAAACCCGAAGUCCCCAUCCACAGGCUCUAGAGCAGAGAGGAGUGGAGCCAUUCCCACGGUCACGGUGACACCCCUUAUUAGAAGCUCCAGCAGCCUGGCUCCCAGUCUGUUCCGGACCCAAUCAUAUGAUGGGCCAGCCCUCUGGGGGCGGAGCCUAUGGAGAAAUGUGCUCCUUGGGACUCGUGGGUGA